AAUUUUCUGCUUUAUCUAAAGAGCUUAAAGUUUGUCUGGUUCUACCACGACAUCUCUUGACCCUGACCCAAAUACCGAGCUCUUCGAGAACAAAGCUGGUUCUCUUUUCCUAUACAUGAGGGUAGAAAGGGAACAUCCUCCCCGAAAUGAGCAGCCACCAGCGACCUGCCGGCCGAGAGGACUUUGCAGUCGCCGUCGUUUGCCCCUUGUCCCUUGAGUUCGAUGCUGUCUGCAUGGUAGUUGAUGAGUUCUGGGAUGAGGAUGGUGAUCAAUUCGGCAAAACUGGUGGGGAUCGGAACAUGUAUGUCACGGGGCGUAUCGAUAAGCAUAAUGUCGUGAUCGUAUUGCUAGGCAAGGGAAAGGUAAACUCCGCAACCGCCGCUUAAGACCUACGCACAAGCUACCCAAAUAUUUGCCUCACAAUACUAGUUGGAGUUUGCGGUGCCGUUCCUUCCACAGAUGAAAAUGGUAUUCGUCUGGGCGACGUGGUUAUCAGCGACUCCAUCGUUCAAUAUGACUUUGGCCACCAGACAGAUCAGGAGUUUGUCCGCAAGAAGACCUCUCAUAUUGAUCUGGUACCCAAAGAAAUUCUCAAUCUCCUGGAAAGCCUCCACACAGUCUUGGGAAAGAGACGUCUCAUGAAAGGCUCUGCGACGUUUAUUGAGGAACUGAAAAAGACUGCUGCUCGACUAGGCCAGCAUGGAAGGUAUGACAGGCCGGAAAAAAGAAUUAUUAGCGUUACUGGAUCAAUGCCGCAACCACUGGCUCUGAGAGGACAAGGAGCUGAUCAAACCAUCAACAUACAAGCACCUACUAUCCACUUCGGACCCAUGGCUUCAGGCGACACGGUCAUGAUCUCUGCUAUACAUCGUGAUCGGAUCGCCGCUGCUGAGAACAUCAUUGCAUUCGAGAUGGAAGGUGCAGGCAUAUGGCAAGAGCUGCCAUGCAUCAUUGUAAAAGGGGUGUCCGACUUUGCUGAUUGUGAGAAGACCAAGGAGUGGCAGGACUAUGCUGCUGCGAUGGCCGCUGCAACAUCGAAAGCUAUCUUGAAGCGGUACAUUCAUACCGACAGAAAGGUUACUCCUCCCCCAGGCCAUUCCCUCUUAGCGAGACAACAUGGAUCACACUAUGGUGUGACGAUAGAGACGGUGCAUGAUGUAAUUCAGGGCAAUCGAAUGCGCGUUUCAUCUACCCAGCCACCUCGAGCUUACGAGCAGGAAGGGUCGUCAUUCAAGGCGAAUAUUCAGUCUGGCGCUGGUGUGCAACAAGGAAACGUAAUGGAAUUUUUCUGAAUCAGGUGUGAUUGCGGUGCGCUGAAUUUAAUUCCCUUGAAUGAAGAGCAACAGGCUACUUCAUUAAAUGUGCAACAUUAAUAGACGUCAUCUUCCACCAAAUCGAUGUGUCGAUAUACGACUACCCUUUAAUAGAACCAUCAGUAGCGUCGG